UGCUGUGUGUGUUGUCAGGUGUUGAGCUCUCGGUGAAGAAGCAGGCGGAGAAGCAGCGUUUGUUUUGGAGUCUGAUUCACCUGCUGAUGUGAUGGUAUGGUAUGCGGACGAAUCAACGAUGUGUGAUGGAAAAGCCAAGCACCACUGGCUCGGGUGGCAGCUCGCCUUGUUGUGGCGGCCGUCGACUGACUGACUGACUGACUGGCUGACUGACUGACUGACUGACCAGGUGCGCCAGCAACGUUGGAAGAAAGAGGGAUUGCAAUUGACUGUGUGGGUCGCUGUUUGUGCGUGCAGUGGUGUGGCUCGGUGUGAUGGCCCAAUCAUCCUCUGCCGCAUCGCAAGCACCACCUUUGCCGCCCGGCUGUAGGCACCUGAACGACGUCUACAUCGUCCCUGAUGAGGGCGUCAGUGCUCUCAGUCGGCAGCUGUUGGAGGGCUGCAUCCGCCGCACCUUCCGCGAUGCCGCCCAAUUCACACAGCUGAUCGAGCAAGGAGCCGACCCGAGAGCCGUCGGCGGCCUUCGUGUCCACGGCACCUCAGGACGCUGCACGUUGUCGCGAUGCAGCUGCCUGUGUUUGGCCAUCGACAGCCAAACGAACGUAGCAUUCCUCGACGCGGACGGGUAUUUUCCUGCCAUCGUGCGCGUCGUCCUGCCGCAGUGGUCGUCCCGUCAGCUGCAGCGUGACGUCAUCAAUGCACUCAUCGACGGCGGGGCGGAAAUGAAUGGCGGCGGGUUUGAGCAACGGCCCAUCACGGUGGCGGUUCGUGCGGGCAGUGAGGCAACUGUGGAGGCCCUCCUGGCGCGUCAGGCCAACCUGCGGGGACUCAGGGUGAUAUAUGAGCUUCCCGACAUCGGUAGUGCAGCCCCUCCCGCCACUCGUGACUACGAGGCCGCCCUCAUGUCAAUCUACCGUCGGCUCCUCCGACACGACAGCACACUCGCAGCGGAGCGGGUCGGUGGAAACAGUCUGAUCCAUUUGGCAGCCACGGCCCGCUCCAUCUUCUCCCAGUCCUUCAUCGACGCGUACCUCACCCUCGUCACCAGCCACGGAGCCGAUAUGACGGCGACAGACGACAUCGGCCGCACGCCAUUGCACUGGGCAGCAAGAACUGGCUCCCACUGUGUGGCUCAUUGGCUGUGCCGCCAGCUCACAGCCUACGACGUCAACAGAGGCAUGCCGAACGAGACACCCCUCGCCGUCGCUGCCCACGAGCUCGACUUUUAUAGGCGACAGUACCAGGGAGAGCGGCGCCAAAGACGGAUCCGCGCGCACAAGACCACCAUCGGUGUGCUGCUGCGGGGCGGGGCGGCCCCAUCGAUCGCCCGCAUGCCCACAGCAACCGAGGGGCAGCGCCGUCAGCGUCAGCUGGUGCUGGCCGAGUAUGCCACCGUGCUGAGUGAGCUGUCCGAGGUCGUCAUGUCGGCCAUCAACGGCGCCCUCGCCCCCCAGCGCGACCACUCGAUGCUUCUCGCCCGUCUGCUGCCCCUCGCCCCCCAUCACGACGGCGCCCACCCCCACCCCUCCCCAUCCAACAUGGCAUUCGGCCCACACGAGGCUGAGGCCAUCGCAUGGAAGAUCGGCGCCUUCCUGCACUAGCCCCCCGCUGCUGUGGCCGCCAUCGACCAGUACCUCAUCGGCGAGUCGGUGCUGAGGCGCCGCGUCAAGGCGGCCGUCGGCCACUUCGUCAAGUCGGCGGCCACACAGACGAGCAGCAACAGGGAGGUGGUGGGUGGCAUGGCCAGUGUGGGCGGCGUGAUAGUGCGUGUGCCCCUGCAAUGCUUCGCCGUGAGGGGCAGCCAUGAUGUGGGGCCCCGCCUGGUGGGUGUGCGUGAGGUGGUGCACCGAGCCCGGCUGGACGAAGCGGCCACCCAUGGUGUGGUUGGUGUGGUCAAGGGCUUCAACGAGCACCUGGGCGACCAGGACUGCCACUUCGCGUGGGGCCAGCUCGGGCGAAUUGACAAGGGGACCGGCCUGUUUGUGUCGCUGGGCAUCGACCGACUGAGAGGGAGGGGCGGAGGGAGAGGGGGAGAUGGCAGUAAGGGGCGACGUGGCUGCAUUCUUUCCUUCUUUUGCUGCAAUUCACGGACGCUUCUGUUGGCGAGUUUUGCCGUCUUUCAAUUGCAUACAAACAGUGACACGUGACAUGAAACUUCGUGUUCAUGACUGAUUGAUUCAUGGCAAAUACAUACACAUCGAUUUCGUGCUGCUCGUUUUUGCUGCAGUUCGAGGACACGUCUGGACGGAUUCUCUGUGUUGCAUGUGGCCACGUUCAAUUCAACACGUUUCAG